AUGGCGCUGUCUGUCUUGUCAGUGCACCUUCACUGGCCCGUGUUCUUCGUCUCCGUCCGAGUGCCCCUGUCAACGCCCUCGUACCUUUGACUGCCGCUUGGUCGCCCAUUGCGCCCAAGGCCGCCCUUUCGCCUUCGGUCCGUGCCAGCCUGCUCAACUCACGCUCGCACGCCGCCGCCCUCACGCCCGGACUUAGUCAGCCCGCAUUCUCCAGCUUUGCCGAGUCGAUGGUUCCGCCCAGCUACCUCCAGUUCGCCGCCGCCGCUCUCAUGAUUCAUCGGCCAUCCAGAGCAUCGCCCAUGCAUGACGUCCGUCGUUUGCAACCUGGAUCUCGUCGCUGCGGAUCGCCUCGCUCAUCAACACUUGACCUUGUGGAUAAGUUUCCCUUCGUGCCGUCGUCCAACACGACACCUCUCGACGCCCUGAUGGCCCGCUUGGAGUCUGGUCCUUGAAGCUUUGCAUUGUGUGCCUGCCCAGUUAGAUUCUCUGUGCGCUCCCUUGCUAGAACCUCGCCCGACUCGCGCGCUCCCGCGCCUCUUUCCCUUUUCUCUAUCGUUUCAUCUCAUCAUUCAGACUGCUGAGAUUCGCUAGAGAACAGGUCCGUUGCAAUCGCAUCAUCGUUUCAUCUCAUCAUUCAGACUGCUGAGAUUCGCUAGAGAACAGAUCGCUCGGCUGCGCCGCGGCUGCCUCUCCAGGCCGCGUCUUCACCGCCUCGCGACUUCUCGACCGGGGAGCACUUUGCUACGUCGUCCUGCCUCGCAACCUCCCGAAACGAUCCGGUCCGUGCCGCCUCACGAUUCUCCAGCGACCCCCCCGGUCCCAACUUAACACUUCUUUCAGACCAAGAUGGCGGAAGAGGAUAUAGCAAAGACCACUGUUUUGACACCCUGGGGUUUGUACGAAUGGACGGUCAUGCCCAUGGGACUCUGCAACGCGCCCGCCACCCACCAGCGCCACAUCAACGACGCCCUGCACGGAUUACUCGACACCAUCUGCUUCGUCUACCUUGACGACAUCACCAUCUUCGCCGAUACACUGGAGGAGAACGAGGCCCGUGUUUGCCAAGUUCUGGACGCCCUGUGCCGAGCCGAACUCUACUGCUCGCCAUCAAAGAGCCAUCAAAGACCAACCUCGCCACCUCGGAGUGUGAGUUUCUUGGCCACAUCAUCAACCGCUCCAGCGUACACGCCGACCCCAAGAAGAUCAAGCGCAUCCACGACUGGCAUCUUCCAGCGACCGUCACGGAACUGAAGGGGUUUCUCGGUUUGGUGCAGUACCUCCGCAGGUUCAUUCCGGGCCUUGCCGAGCAUACCGCUGCACUGACCCCGUUGACAAUCAAAGGGCUGACAUCCAUCGACAACCUCUGGACAACUCCAACGGUCCGUCACUUCGAAGCCAUCAAGUCCAUUGUCGUCUCCCUUGACUGCCUACGCCCACCCGACCACUCUGCCGAUGCCAUGCCAUUCUGGGUGAUGACCGACACCAGUCUUCAAGGUAUCGGAGGUGUGCUCCUGCAGGGCUCGCAUUGGAAGACCGCACACCCCAUUGCCUACUGGUCGCGUCAAUACAUCCCAGCUGAACGCAACUACCCUACGCACGAGCAGGAACUCCUAGCUAUUGUCGAGGCUCUCAAGGAAUGGUGCAUUGAUCUCCUGGGUGGCCAUUUUCACAUCCUUACCGACCAUUCCACACUUGAGCACUUUCAGACGCAGCGCACGGUCAUCUCGUGAUGCCAGGCGCACUGGCUUGACACCUUGGCCGAAUUCGAUUACGACCUCCAGUAUCUCCCGGGCAGGGAGAACAUUGUAGCCGACGCGAUGAGCAGGUACUCCUUUCCCGAGCCACUUCCCGUCAUUGUGGCCAACAUUUCACAAGUCUCGCUCUCGGAUGUCGUCAAGCAGCAAAUUGUCGACGCGUACAAAACCGACACAUUCUGCCAGCAAGCUCUGAACAACAUCGCGUCGGUCGCAUCAGAGUUCAAGAUUAUUGACACAUUGCUGUAUUUACGGGGCCGGCUUGUCAUUCCACUACUAGCCCCGCUCCGUGAGUCCAUCCUUCACGAUGCUCAUGACGCGCUGGGGCACCUAGGUGAUGUAAAAAUGUACCAGACUGUUAUACAGACGUACUUUUGGCCGAACAUGUCCCGCCACGUCAAGCAAUACGUGCAACAAUGUGACUCAUAUCAAUGAACCAAGGCCCGUACCACUCGCGUCGCGGGCAAGCUUCACUCCCUUCCCGUGCCAGUGCGCCCCAUGACGGACAUCGCCGUUGACUUUGUCGGACCAUUGCCAACAAACAAGGGGUUCGACCGUGUCUUGACGAUCACUGAUCGACUGUCGGGAUAUGUCCACCUCAUCCCUGCGCGCGAAGCCGACACAGCGGCGGAUGUUGCCAACCACUUUCAUGAGGGGUGGCAUCAUUUUUUUGGCCUGCCUCAACGCAUUGUCUCGGAUCGUGACAAGUUGUUCACGAGCAAGUUCUGGUCCGCCCUGCACAUGCGUCUGAACAUCAAGCUGCAACUUUCCUCGGUGUUCCACCCCGAGACUGACGGGCGCAGCGAGAAGACGAACAAGACCGCAUUCCAGAUCCUAUGCUCGCUUGUCAACAGGGAACAAUCCAAUUGGGUUGAAUGUCUCACCACUUGUGAGUAUGCCAUCAACUCAUCGGUCAACGUUUCGACGGGGAAGACCCCGUUUGAGCUUGUCCUGGGGUACACACCCACCCUUGCCCCGCUUGCCCCUAUUGAGGGCGACGAGGAGCUCCCAUCGGUUGAGGAGCUGCUCACACUUCACUUCCAGUCAUGCGAGGAGGCACGAGACCAACUUGCUGUGUCCAAAGUUCGUCAAGCCGCCCAAGCCAACAAGGACCGCGUGGAUGAACCUUCAUGGGCCGUCGGGGACCUUGUGCUGCUUGACUCAAGUGACCGCAGGAAGCGACUUCACACCCGCAAGCGCCGCGCAGCCAAGCUCAUGGACCGUUUCGACGGCCCUUAUCGCAUUGUUGCGGCGCAGCCAGGGAUCUCCAUGUACACCUUGCAACUCAACAAGGACGAUUCCGCGGUACCGUUCUUCCACACGGGCAAGCUCAAGGCCUACCGCUCAAAUGAUUCAGAAUUGUUCCCAAGCCAAGAAACCGCGCGCCCGGGACCGGUGGACGUAGGUGGAGAACCCGAGUGGGUCAUCGAGGACAUCGUCGAUGAAAGGGUCCGAGCGGGGAAGACUCAAUAUUUGGUCUCUUGGGUUUCAUGGCCGUCGGAUAGCGAUUCAUGGGAGCCUGUCGAGGCACUGGAGGACACAGAGGCAUUGGACCGUUGGGAACAUCGGAAUGAGGAAUGAGAGUGUAAGGCAAGGCCUUACGACGGGCCACAGGCAUUAG